AGUCAUAUAUUUCAGACAAGGGUGUUUGCUGUAUUCACGCCAGCACUCCUGUCCAGUGCACGUUAGAAAGAAGAGGAGCAGAGGAGCACUGCCACACAAGUUCAGACUCACCUGUACUCACCUGAAAAGCUACUACACAAAGAUCAGCAUGGCAAACCACGGUCCUGCUUACGGUCUGAGCCGUGAGGUUCAGAGUAAGAUUGAUAAAAAAUACGACCAGGAGCUGGAGGAGAGGCUGGUGGAGUGGAUCGUCGCCCAGUGUGGUGCUGGCGUCGAGCAGCCCGAGCCGGGCAGGGUUGGCUUCCAGAAGUGGCUCAAGGAUGGACGUUUGCUGUGUGAGCUCAUCAACAGCCUGUGCGGAGACAACAAGCCCAUCAGGUCCAUCAAGGCCUCCACUAUGCCGUUUAAGCAGAUGGAGCAGAUCUCCAUGUUCCUCAAAGCUGCGGAAACCUAUGGAGUCGUUAAGACCGACAUGUUCCAGACGGUAGACCUCUUUGAAAGCUCCGACCUGGCUGCUGUCCAGAGGACCCUGAUGUCUCUGGGUAGUUUGGCAGUCACAAAGCACGAUGGGAAUUACAAAGGAGAUCCCAGCUGGUUCCAUAAGAAGUCCCAAGGGAACAGGAGAGACUUCUCAGAGGAGCAGCUGAGCGAGGGCAAAAAUGUCAUCGGCCUGCAAAUGGGCACAAAUAAAGGAGCAUCUCAGGCCGGCAUGACAGGCUACGGACGACCCAGGCAGAUUAUCAACAACCCCUAAACCCGUGCGCUGCUGUAACCCUCCCCCCCGAUACACUCCUCCUCCCUCUGUCCUCCGAAAGGCCAUGUCAGCGGGGAUGAAGCGACUUGGACUCUUACCUUGGCCAUUAGGAGAAAUGUGAUGUGAAUGCUUUCAAGACGAAACUGGACCAAAAACGGGGACCGACGACAACAUGUGCACAUACAAGACGCACACUCCACGUUGAGGAGACACACACUUGUAGAGAGCGUCAACAGUACUGAGUGAUUAGACAAUCCGACAGAGAGUUUAACGUGUGUUUUUACGACUACACUUUUAAUUGUACAUAAUACUUUUAAAAACAUCACUCCAGUUGUUUUGCAUCCUUUAAGUAAUUUCCUUAGAAUCAAAAAGGCUUUUAAUUUCUACAAACCAUGAGAUUUUUUGAUUUCCUACCUUCCUUACAUCCACUGCUUUCAGUUCAUCUCAGUACUCAAGAAAUGCAAUCCCAUACAUUGCUGCAACAUCAUAACGCAGCAACGCUUUCUGUUGGGGCAUUCAGGGACUACCUCAUAUCUUAGAUUUCCAAGUUUUUCAUGUCUGAAACAACAAAAUUUCGUCACAUUUCCACAGGGUUCUUGUUUGUGCUUUGUUAAUCUGCCAGUGUUGCUACGCUUAUAAAAUCAAUUACUGGACGUCAGGAUGUCCUUGAAUGCACCACCAAGGGGAGUUUAGCAAAUGAUAUCUUCUCAUAUGAGCAGGGCCAGACAGCUAUAAUGCUAAACUUAAAUAAAACGAAUGAUAAAGAGUUGUGAACUGGAAUGAACUGAAACAGAUAAGAAGUGUAUUCAUUGCUGUGGUUUACAAUACAUUUAAGUAGAAAAUCUGGAGUUAAUAGUUUACAACAACAGAGAAUUCCACUUGUUUUGGAAAAAUCUGAGUACAUUUUUAAAGUAAAUUCCCGGUUAAGUGAAAAAGUGUGUGUUUCACCUGCUCUGUGCAUUUAGAUCUCAGUUCAUUUCUAAUAAACGUUGGACCUUCUUUUUAGAUUUUAACAUCAAUUGGACGAUAUUAAAAUAAAGUUUGAUUUGACUGUAAA